CUAUUUUCUUAAUGAGUGAAAUAUUAUUGAAAUAAUUCAAAGAAAUUUUUCCUUCGUAAAUACGGAUAGGUAUAAUACAGUUUCAUGAUAUCUAAAUACUUUUUAGACAUAUAGAAUGUCUGAAACAUACGAAUAUUUGUUCAAAUUUUUAGUAAUAGGCAGCGCUGGAACAGGAAAGUCGAGCCUUCUCAAUAAUUUUAUAGGAAAUAAAUUUAAAGAAGACAGGUGCCAUACGAUUGGCGUUGAAUUUGGAUCCAAAAUAGUUAACAUUGGCGGUAAAUCGACGAAGUUACAAAUAUGGGACACAGCUGGACAGGAGAGAUUUCGGUCUGUUACCCGAUCAUAUUAUCGUGGAGCAGCUGGCGCUUUGCUAGUGUAUGAUAUUAGUUCCAGAGACUCAUUCAAUGCUCUCGCUAACUGGCUACGAGAUGCACGCACAUUAGCAAGUCCAAAUAUUGUAAUAUUGCUUGUUGGCAACAAGAAAGAUAUUGAAGAAUCUCGAGAAGUAACAUUCUCUGAAGCUAGUCAAUUUGCACAGGAAAAUGAGUUAAUGUUCCUAGAAACAAGUGCUAAAACAGGAGAAAAUGUAGAAGAGGCAUUUUUAAAAUGUUCAAAAACCAUUCUGGCUAAGAUAGAAACUGGUGAAUUGGAUCCGGAAAGAAUAGGGUCUGGUAUACAAUAUGGUACUGGCACCUCAAAAAGAUUAUCUGCACCCAAGAGGCCCGUUAGAGCUCCGUCGGAUUGUGCUUGUCGUGUUUAAUUUAUAGAUCUCUUUAUUUUAUAUCCUCCUUUUGUGAUAGGCCUUUGAGUGACCAGAGUGAAGUAGUGUAAAUGAGACUGUUUGAUUGUGACCUAGUAUUUUUAUAGUGACUACUUAUCCAAAUGAUUCAUUAUCUUGUUCCAAUUCAAGGCCUAAAUUUUGUGAGAACAAUAAAUACCAUACAUGCUAUCUGCUAUUGCAAUA